UUCAGCCGGACGCAGAAACGCUUGAUGAAGACAAAAAACAAGCUUUUAUUUCAAACAAACCGAACAAAAACUGCAUCCUAUUUUAUUACAACCUUCGGCAUACAUUAUUGUGCGACGCCAAUUGAACAAAGAAACUCUUUAUUUGUUGGAAUAAUCCGGUUUACAGCGGCCUAAACAAAACGGUGGUAAGCGUGCAUCAUCGCACGCACGAGCACGAACGAAAGCAACACCAUCCUCUCCCUCACCCAAAGCAUAACGCCACUGCCGUGAUCGCAGCCGCGCACGAAAGCAUACUUUUUCGCUUCCCGCAGUUGCGUUCGGAAAGUUGUUGAGCAUAGGUCGUCGCCGUCGUCGUCGUUGUUGCCAUUCCCGGUCAUUCUCGAGAGUCCGCGUCAGUGCAUUGAAGCCUUUUCCACGGCAAAUACGACAUCGCAGCGUGCGACGAUUUUAUCCAUCCGUGUGCCCGUGUGCGUGUGUGUGUGUGUUGAACGUGUGAAAUCGUGAUAAAGAAAGGCAGGUGGUUCAUCUUUAACCACCAUCUUGCAGCUCUUCAGUACGAGUGCCAACCAACGCAACGAUUGAAGCCAUCUGCAUUUUAUUGAAAAGCAACCGACAAAAAGGCUUUCUCGAUUGUUCCCCAUUGUGCGUGCGAGUUUGUGAUUUCGGGAGGAAAAAAUAAUUAUAGUGUAAAGGUGUGAAAUUGUUACACAAUCUACCGAAGCUCCAGCAUCGCCAGUAUGUCCAGCAGCAUUCAGAUUACGGCCGACGACAAACCGGCAACCACUGCCGGCUUGAUCACACCGACCAAGACGCCGGGCCCGCCGCCGCCGGUGUCUAGCAUUCCCUCCAGCCCGUCCCAUCUGCAGCUGCCGUCGCCGAUUAUAACACGCCGCACCAGAACCGCUUCGACCUCCGAUCGUGCCAUGCGUAACCCGAUCGAGGAGGGCAAGGUGAAGUCGUUCAGCAGAAGCAAAGGUCACGGGUUUAUCACACCGAAUGCCGGCGGUGACGACAUCUUCGUACACAUUUCCGACAUCGAGGGCGAGUACGUGCCGUUGCCCGGUGACGAGGUGAGCUAUCGGCUCUGCUCCAUCCCGCCGAAGUACGAGAAGGUGCAGGCGAUCCAUGUGCAGAUAACGCACCUGACGCCGGAAAAGCAUUCGCGCUGGGAAACGUGCAUGAGCCACGACGACGGCCAUCGGCUGCAUUAGGGCAGGUGGAACGAGCCGGCGCCGGAUCAGCUACUACCCCACCACCAUCACCACCACCAGCAUCACCAGCAGCAGCAGCACCAGUUGGUAGGGAAAGCAGGAGGAGGAGGUGGUGGUGGUGGUGGUGAUGGUGGCAAGCAUGAUUCACGCCGGUGGCCCGAUAUAUCGUUCGAUUUUGCACUGGAUGAUGAAUAGUGGCGCGACGGUCGACGCGAGAGAGAGAGAGGGACAAGCAGAAGAGAAGAAGCGUAAGAUGAUCCUCGUGGUGUGCAGUAAACAAAAACACGCAGACACAGACACACAUAGUGUAGGGCAGUUUAUUAUAACCGUGUUGACAGGCUGCGUUCGUUCAGUAUUUUCGUUCAUUAGUUAGAGGGCGAUGGAGGCGCCUGGUUGUCCAGCGAAUUGUUCUGCUUAGUUUCAUCGGCAGCGGCGGCGGCGGCGCGUUUAAUAGGUGUUGUUGUGCUGCCCUAAAUUGCACAACAGAACAUAAAUAAUCGAUUCGGUUUUAUUGGUUAAAAUGUUGCGCCCCUUACCUAGGGAUAAUAGAGGGUGUCUUGUGGUGGCAGCGUCUGCGACUUACCAGAUUAUCAUGGAAAGCGAAACAUCUAUUCAAUAAUUUGGCACGUGUUGUGGCACCGUAAACACACAACCAAGGAGACACGAACACACAGGAAGGAUUUUAAUUAAUAAGUGCAAACACCGUUGGCCCAUAAAUGCCAGCAUCACACGACGGGGGCAUCACACUGAACAAGCGACAGUAGAGCCGUGCUGAAUGGAGCGAACAAAAAAGUCAGGAGAGCGGAUUAGCCGCAGGAUAAACCGUUGCAGCAGCAACAGCAGCUUUUCGCGUGUGUGUGUGUGUGCAAGACAAGAGAAGAAAAAAUGUAUAACAAAAUGACCUGCAACCCACACACGCGCGAUGUGGCAUGCUCCAGUUUGUCCACCAUCUCGCCCAGGCAGGACAAAGGAUCGUUGAAAGGGGGCAAACAAAAGCGCGAGACCGUGCACAAUAUAUACAAUGCUCGCAAGCGAUUCUUCUUACUCACUAAUUGCUCUCGCUUUACCUUUUCUUUCUCCUGCAGCCCAAUACACAAUCACACACACACAGACACAUACUCUAUUUUGUUUGGUUAGUGCUGAGCAAGCAAAAAGGAUGAUUAAAAACGAAAGAAAAGCGAAAAAAUGAUAUAAUUCAGGUCGCCGUCGCCGUCGUCGUCGCUUAGGGACAGCAGAAGGAAAAACACGAAAGAAUAAAAAAAUGUACGUUGGGCGAUUA